GGCAAUGUUUGCUCUUAACAUAGAUCAAUACAUUUGUUGAGAUAUACUACCAUUAAAUAACAAUAGUAAAAGAUCUGAGGAGGCUAGGCUGCCUAGGCACCCCAAUUUCAAUUAUUCUUAUAGGUGAUCAAUCCGUCAAGUGAAAGUGAAACUGUUAACUUGGAUCAUACUCUAUGCAUUCAUAUAUAUGCUGCGUAUGCUUUACUUCAUUCUCCUCCUUCCUAUUGCCACAAGACUCACCUUUUACUGACAUCAAAACCGACACACUGAAACAGGGUUUGAUUUGAUCUAUAUAUAUCAUAAAAAAUGCUACGCCCACCGCUCAACUUUCAUUGUUCUUCCCACCGCUCUCAAUUUUACCGUCAAAAAUUAUACGGUCCAGAUUUUAACAAACUCUUUCAGGGAAGAGUUAAAAAAUCGGGACUAUUAUUUGCCAAGACGGACGAUAUAAAUGUUGAACGGUGAAUAUUAAGCAAUGGAGGUAGUCUUGCUUAUAUAUCAUCUGCUAUGAACCCUAUGCUUUUGUUUCAUAGUAUUCCCUUGCCUUCUCACGUUUCCAACCGUUAUAUAAAAAGAGGCAGUUUUUCGGAUGUCCUAAAUUCAAUUUGGACGAAUUUACCCUUUAAUUUGGCCCAUUUAACGGAUUGCCCAGGGUAUGGGGGUAGUUGGGUCAUUUCAUUGCCGCUUGUGCCUGUGUACAGGUGUCGCUGUUUGGCCUUCCCGCGGGAUUCGUGAUGAAUUCGGUGCGUCCAUUUGGGCUGCUUCUUUUACAGCUUUUCUCUCUCGCCUCCCUCUCUGUUUUGUCUCUGUUUGCUGGCUCUCUGCUCCUCCUCCGAUCAACAACUGCUACAUCGCAUCGCCACACGGAUUCUCUACUCCAUCAACGGCAUCACCAUCAGGUGUGUAUUAUUUGCAAACUGCUCAGGGAGAAAAGGUGAUUUGUGCUAUUGCCAUUCCUGGUGAGGGAAAUCACAUGACGCAUAGGCCCUGCGAUACUUUUCUUGAGGAGGAGUACCAUGGUGUGUCGCCCUCAACCUGCACUUUGGAAUGGAAUUUUAAGUUCCAAUUAGCUGCAUGGCUGGAUGGCAUUGUGUACUAUUCCUUCUUGCAGUGUAGCGAAGAAGGUGUAGGCAGCUGCUGGCUUUUGGCGCAUGCCAGUCCUGUUAAUGUUGUGCAGUGAUUGCCACAGGGGCUUCGGCGAUACUUCCUGCCUGCUGGUUCAGCAACAUGGAUUUUGAUUGCUGGAUAUAGGAUCUGGCCAGUAAAGGUUGUGAAUCAGCAAUUUUCUGAUGGUUGGGAUGAAUUCCGUGAUAUUUUGGUCUUUCUUUUUUCCUGUCUUCCUUCGGGCUGGAGAUAAAAAAUUUGAAUAAAGACGAAAAAAUACGUUACCUAACUUUUCAAUCCAAACCGACCUGAGAAGUAGCAACUACGUGCCAUUAUAGUAUAUUGCACUAAAGAACGAUUGCCAGCUUCGGUAAUUCAUCCAUCAAGGUUAAAAUUCGUACUUCUCAUGGCAAUAAUUUGGUCAAUAAUCUCUUCUCUUUUUUUUUCCUUUUUUUUGAACCGAGUCAAAGAAUCUCUUGAGCCCUCAAUUGGACACACGAAUAUGACCGGAUUACGUUAAGGAAUAUGAAAAAUUCUGCCAACACACUUAAAACCACCACCUUGAGCUUGUUAGAGACCUUCCGACAAACAAGCAUGAAAGGAAAAAAGGAAAAAAUAGUCCUACUUGCAAUUUUAACCCAUAUAUUUUAAGUAAUAGCAUAUUUACUCUCGCGCGUAUCUGAAACAUAUCCGAGCAUGUCCAACACAUAUCAGAUAUGUAUCCAAAGUGUAUCCGAAAGUAUUUGAAACGUAUCGGGAUACCCAAAAAUAAUUCUAAAAGCAGGAUACUUUAAAAAGCGUAUUAGAUACAUAUCUGCAAAAUAUCCGAAAGUAUCAGUAUUCAAUACGGAUACGAUACUUGAUAUGGAGGCCAAAUAGAGUAUCCAUGCUUCAUAAAAUUUAAUUUCCCAACAUUUGAGCUUGCUAAGUGAAAUUCAUUAUUAAUCCAGCUAAUCAUACCCAUGAAGAAUUUUACUAAGAAGUUUGGAUUUUAUAAAGAGACUUCAUUACAGAGCAUUACUAUGUUAAAAAAGAGUGGGGAAAAGCAUAAUUUUCAUAGAUCCACCUGCUUCAAUAUCAUUUGAGAAGGCUUUUUAGAAAAGAUUGGGUCUGGGUCUUCUAGGUGGGGCUGUGGUGGGGGUCUUGAGUCUUGGGCUUUAGGUGUUAUCCUCUUUUCUCCCUUUGCUUUGUUUGGAUUGAUUUUGGAGUUAGGGGUCUAGGUUAGCUCUCUUGUUUGGGUUGGCGUGUGUCUGGAUGGUGGGGUUGGUGUUCUUAUUUUUGGUCCUUUCUUUGUUGUUGCUGGGUUGAGUGUGAGGUGGUGUUUGUCCCCUAUUGUGUGUUACAGUCUUUUUCUUUUGUGGUUUUUCCUUUUUUGGAGUCUAUAGUGUCUUCUUGUCUGCUCUCAUCCUAACUCUCGGAGGGCUGUGCUGCAAUCUUUGUAACUUUUAAGUGUUGCUGCUCCAAUAUUGGUGUUGUGGUAUGCUCCCUUGAUGCUGUUUCUGAUGUGGUUGUUGAAUGACUUGUUCUUUGUUCUUGCAACUCCAACUCUUGGAGGGCUAACAGUCAUAUGGAUUCUUUGGGCUACACCUACUGCUGGUCCUUUUGUACCUAUUGAGCGGGUGUGGUAUUUUCCUAUUUUCAACUCCCAACUUUGGGGAGGUCUAAGAGGCGUACUGGAUGUCAGUCCUCUUCUCAAAUCCUAGAUGUUAUGGAGGGCUAAUGAGGUCAAUGAAAGUUGAAAUUUAUGGACAAGAAGUCACGAAGAUGUUGUGUGAAAAUUCAAUACUCUUUCAGCUCCACAGCUUUGGAGGGCUAAAGAGUAUCAGUCAAGUGUGGGCCUUACCUGAAUUGAGGCAAAGCUGUUAUUUCCUGCAGGUGGUGAUUCGUGAAGAAUUUCAGAAUUUCGGUAUCUCAACUAUCCAAAUGCUUAUUAUAUUCACGUGUGUGCCAUUAUCUCUUUACAACUCCCAACCGUGGGGAGGGCUAAAAGAUAGUUGGAUUACUAUUGGCUUUCUAAGCAUGUUUUAUUGUCCAACUGUUGAUGCUCCUAUUGAUAUUGGCCAUUGUUGUAUAACAAGUUGAACUAUUGCUGCAAUGUUGAUGUUUCUUGCUGGAAAUCAGGUUGUUGGGUUCCAUGAUUUAAUGGGAAUGCUUUCUCCUUUUUUUUGCUAAGCACUUUUACUCCUUCUGUUACUAAUGGAACUGAGUUGAAUAAGGACCUGAUUUAUACUGAACUCUUGCUGAAGAUUCCUUUCGUUGAAUUCAUGAUAUUUAGGUGUGUUCUAUGUCUCUCUUUCCAACUCCCAAACGUGGGGAGGGCUAACAAAUGCUGGGCAAAUGACAUUAUGAGUUAUGUCUAUUUACACGCCAAAUGCUGAUCCUCCAAUUGUUGUUAGACAUGGCUGAAUAAUGAGCUGAACUAUUACUGCAUUAUUGAUGAAUUCUGCUGUAAAUCAAUUUGCUGGGGUUUCAUGAUUUAAUGGGAUCACUUUUGUUGUAUUUGAUGCUGAUGGAAUUAUGCUGGAUGAAGAGAUGAGCUCUACUAAAGUCCUAUGUAAGAUCAUUUUAUUGAGUUCAUGAUCUAAUGAGGCUGCUCCUGAAAUGUUAUAGUCUGACCGUUGGAAA